AUGUUGUCUGAGAAAUCCCGCACAAAUCUCGCUGCGGUUCUUGACCAUGGCACAGUCUCAUCUGGUGGACAAUACCCCCCGAAUGCUACUCUACUACUGAUUGGAUUCCCCGGCGCUGGAAAGAAAACCCUGGGAAUCAUGGCAUCGGUAGCCCUCCGACGCCGAUUUGUUGAUUUUGCUGCCUGCUUUGAGGAGGAGUUCCAUGUCUGUCCUCAAGCCUAUAUCAAAGCGAACGGAUCAUCACGCUAUCUAGAAGCCGAACGGCGUGUCUAUGAUGAUUUGUUGGCAAAUAACACUCAUGGCUGCGUGAUCGUUGGGACUGGAUGGAUUGGUAGCAGUGGUUUGCAGACCAUAUUCAAAGAAUUCGCACGACGGCAUCCAAUAAUCUACAUCCAAAGAGACCAAAAGGCUUUGAGGCGAGGCAUGGCGACGACAAGCCCCGAAAUGUUUGACCGCAUUUUGCGAACCGGGCACCGAAUUCUUGAAUCAUGCUCCAAUUUCGACUACUAUAAUCUUUCAGAGGAUCUCGUUCCUGGGACGGACAAUUCCCGACCUCUAUAUCUCAAGCUGAAGGAGACGGAGAAAACCUUUGUCAGGUUCCUGAAGCAUAUCUUUGGGUUUCCGGACCAGUUGCCCUACUCGACUGAACUCUUUUCGGCGUCUCCUACAUAUGCUCUCCAGGUACCACUGGCUUGGCUGCAGCGGCCGUCCCAGAACUACGAUGAACUAGAAAAUGGGACAGACGCCAUUGCUUUACUUAUCGAUUCUGCGGAGAUAGGGAAUUGCCUUAUUGCCGAUGUGCUAACAAGAAGUGUAUCCCUUAUACGAAGGCAUUCGCGAGCGUUCUUAAUUGUCGAUGUACAAAUCCCCGAGCACUCAGAUAUUCCCAGUUAUCUCAACGCCCUGGCGCGCAUCAGUCGCUUAGCACCAGACGCCUUGACCUGCUCGUUAGUCUGCGAUGAUGCGGAUUAUAUGCGACUCGCCGGUAACAUCGGCCGAACAAAGCUCAUAGCCACGUACCAUCAAUCGACGCCGCUGGAGUGGAGCAAGGACCAUCACAGGUUUACCCUGAUGUGCAAUCGAGCGCAUGCGCUCGGAUGCUCCGCGAUCCGAAUAACAGGAGAAUCUCGAUGCUUGGAGGACAAUCUGGGGUGCGUUAGCUUUCAGCAGAACCUCACCAGAGUGUCUCCGAUACCUGUGAUCGCUCAUAACGUCGGUGGUGCCGGGCGUGCGUCAGCCUGCCUGAACCCUGUAUUGGCUCCUGUGGUUCUAGAGUCAAUGAGACCGAACGGCGUCACGCUGCGGGAAGCGCAGCUCUCCCUCUCGAGUUGCUUUCUCUACCAGAAGAAGAGAUAUACUAUCAUUGGCCAGGACUUGUCCUAUAGCCUGUCCCCGGAAAUGCAUAACAAUGCAUACGCUGCGUGCGGGCUCCCUCACAUCUAUGAUUUAACCAAAACCUCAAUCCUAUCCGACAUUAAUCGGCUUCUGGACAGUGACGACUAUGGGGGUGUCGCUGUAUCACUCCCCUACAAGACAGAGGUACUAAAAUACCUCGAUGAAGUCAGCGAGGACGCCAGGAACAUCAAUGCCGUCAAUACGGUGGUGGUCGAGAUGUGUCAGCAACCGGGGGAGCCUGCACAACGCCUACGAAGGGGUUACAACACGGACUACGUCGGUCUUCAGAAUUGCGUGCAUAAACAUCUCUCACCCGCAAACGGUAUCCGUGAUGGCACAGCGGCUCUGAUCAUUGGUGCUGGAGGUAUGGCACGGGCAGCUGUAUAUGCCUGCUAUCAGCUCGGUGUUCGGAACAUCUGCAUAUUUAAUCGGACCGCUCGCAACGCGCAAGCCCUGAUCGAUUACUUUACCCAGUGGGCAGCGUCUAAGCCUGGACCCGGCCUGACCUUUACACUACUCCAGUCAACUAGUACUGGCUGGCCGUCUCACCUUCGCCCGCCGACUAUUGUAAUAUCAUGCAUUCCGCAUGUGGAAAGUGACCAUAAGUCACCCGCUGUUCACAUACCGGUCCAAUGGCUCCGCAGCAAGACGGGGGGUGUCUAUAUAGAGGUAACGUUUUUCCUGGUCGACCUGGUAGCAUACGGCCCACGGAGGACCUCGUUCCUGACACAGAUGGAGGCGUACAGGUCUAAGGGCUGGAUCAUCGUUGAUGGGUUUGACCUCCUGCUGGAGCAAGGUAUUGCACAGUAUGAACUGUUUACUCGAAGACCGGCACCUGUCCAUGUAAUGAGAGACACUAUCCAGAAACUUAAAUUUAGCUCAUAG